AUGGCUAUCCAUGCGAAGCAUGGCCCAUUCGACGCGGCUUUUAUUGUGGGUGACGUGUUUGCGAAAUGCGACGCGCUCUGCGACGAGGAGCUGCCUAUGCCUACCUACUUCUUCUUUGGCACACACAUACCCGCUGAUGUGCAGCAACGCAUUCCUGCCGAUCACCGUGGCCCCGUGGAACUCGCGCCAAACUUUCUCUAUCUCGGCAGCGCCGGCGUCGUAUGUAUGCACGGUGUGCGCAUCGUCUUUUGCGGUGGCUUAUGGGACACAAGCAAUGGCGUAGAUUGGCACGCGCGCGAGCCUCCUAACGAAGAGGCUGACGACUGGCAAAUAUGGAAGCCCCUCGACACGCCCGAGGCGUCGUGUGACGCACUGCGCCAGCUCCUGCGCCACCCUGCGCUAACGCUUGGCGAAGCUCGCGCGCCGCCACCGCCUGCGGACCCAGGAAGCCUGCAGCAGGCACGUGCUUUUCAGUACGCACAGGCCGCGUUUGAGUUUCAAUGUGAGCGCGAUGCGUCGACUUUGGCUGCACGGCCACCCGUGGAUCUCCUGCUGACGAAUGCGUGGCCGAUCGGUAUGGAUGCGCUGAGCGAGGCACCCAAGCCGGAUGCGUGCUCGGCGUGGGGCCGUGCUCCUAUCACGCGCCUCGCUGAAUCGUGUCGUGCGCGGUACCACAUAACGUGUGCUCCUGCUGCCGAUGAGCAUGGCGCCUUUUUCGAGCGGGAGCCGUACGAACAUCCGCCAUUUGCGGCACUGCCACCGCCGGAUGUACUUCCCAUCACGCGUUUUGUGUCGUUGGCACGCGCGGCGAACAGUGCCAAGCGGCGAUGGUUCACAGCGUUGCGCAUCCUGCCGCGGGUUGAGUUGGCCGGCACGCCGCGCCCUCAUCCCCUGACGGCUUCUCCGCUGUGGGUGGUGCCAGCAGCACCCGCACCUCCGCCACGUCCCGCGCACAAGCGCCAUGAACCGACUGAGGCACCAGAGAGCGGUCGACGGCGGCGGCGCAAGAUUCAAGCGGUCGAUCCGGACCAGUGUUGGUUCUGCCUGAGCAAUCCAUCGCUGGAGAAGCACCUGAUUGUCUCUGUUGGCAUGGAGUGCUAUGUGGCGCUGCCCAAGGGCCAGCUGCCUGUGUCAUCUGAGGCCACUACGCCCGUACCAGGUGGUGGUCAUGUCCUGAUUGUGCCGAUCACGCAUACGCCGUCGGUGUACGCUGCCGAGUCAUCUGAGGCUUUGCGGCGCGAGAUGCGAGCGUGGCGCGACGCGCUCACUAAGUGCUAUGCGGCGUACGAUGCUGUUCCGGUAUCGUGGCAAGUCGUGCGCCGCGGCACACGCGCAGGUCACACACAGACCCAGGUGGUGCCGUUGGCCGCCGAGCAUGCAGCAGCGUUUGAUGCAUUUAUGACUGAGACGCUACAUCGCGAGCACGGAGCGUGGGAGAGCGAGACGGUGGCCUCUACGUGGGAGAAGGAAGAUGCGAACUUUACGCCGCAGGACAGGCAAGACUACUGCUACAUGGAAAUAGGGGCCAGGAAGCGGCUGCUUCUGCUGCGCAGCGAGCGGUUCAACUUGCAAUUUCCACGGGAAACACUCGCAAAUUUUCUGGAUAUGCCUGGGCGCGCUGACUGGCGCGCAUGUGUGCGCUCUGCCGACGUUGAGGCGGCGGAGUGCGAUGAGUUUAAGGAGGUAUUUGCGGAGUAUGCGGAGCAGGUGACCGGGUAG